GUCACUCACCCCCCACCUCUCCCCAGCUCCCCGCUGAUGCUCGGUGUCUACGUCAGCAUCUUCAUCCUCCUCGCCGCCAUCCUCUUCGUCUGCGCCGUCUACUCCUGCGUCACUCUCUUCCCCACCGCCCUGCAAAGGCUCUCCCGGAGCAUCGUCCAGUCCCGCGCCCGCAGCACCGGGAUCGCCGUCUUCGCCAUCCUGCUCGUCUUCAUCGCUGCCUUCAUCAACAUGUUUUCCUGCAGCCGCGUGGCCCUGCGGGAAUGUGCCGCCCGCGAGCUCAACGUGACCCCCGAGGCCGUGGGGCCCUGCCAGCUCCGGGCCCUUAACUUCUCCCUGGGCACCCCCCCUGGCUCCUGCCACGGUGACGGGCUGGCCUGUGACUUCCCCGAGUACUUCAGCUACAGCGUGGUGCUGAGCCUGCUCGCCUGCUCCGUCUUCCUGCACAUCAGCAGCAUCGGGAAGCUGCUGCUCAUGGUGGCCAUCGAGGCCACGUUCCUGCUGCUGGUGGAGGGGCCUCAUGCCGCCCUCUUCGACAACGCCGACCUGCUGGUCGUGGCCAACGCCCUGCCCUCCUUCAACGCGACCCAGGGCGAGUGCCCCGCGGAGGGGAAGGUGGCCCUGCGGUUCGUCACCCCCGCCGUGCUGGCCGUGUUCGCCCUGGCCCUUUACCUGCACGCGCAGCAGGUCGAGUCCACCGCCCGCCUUGACUUCCUCUGGAAGCUCCAGGCAACGGGCGAGAAGGAGGAGAUGGAGGAGCUCCAGGCCUACAACCGGCGGCUGCUCCACAACAUCCUGCCCAAGGACGUGGCCGCGCAUUUCCUGGCGCGGGAGCGGCGCAACGACGAGCUCUACUACCAGUCCUGCGAGUGCGUGGCCGUGAUGUUCGCCUCCAUCAGCAACUUCUCCGAGUUCUACGUGGAGCUGGAGGCCAACAACGAGGGCGUGGAGUGCCUGCGGCUGCUCAACGAGAUCAUCGCCGAUUUCGACGAGAUCAUCAGCGAGCAGAAGUACCGGCAGCUGGAGAAGAUCAAGACCAUCGGCAGCACCUACAUGGCGGCGUCGGGGCUCAACGCCUCCACCUACGACCGCGAGGGCCGGAGCCACAUCGCGGCCCUGGCCGACUACGCCAUGCACCUCAUGGAGCAGAUGAAGUACAUCAACGAGCACUCCUUCAACAACUUCCAGAUGAAGAUCGGCCUGAACAUGGGCCCGGUGGUCGCGGGGGUCAUCGGGGCCCGCAAGCCCCAGUACGACAUUUGGGGCAACACCGUCAACGUCUCGAGCCGCAUGGACAGCACGGGGGUCCCCGACCGCAUCCAGGUGACAACGGACCUGUACCAGGUGCUGGCGGCCAAGGGCUACGUGCUGGAGUGCCGGGGGCUGGUCAAGGUCAAGGGCAAGGGGGAAAUGACCACCUACUUCCUCAAUGCCGGCCCUGGGGGCAGUUAAGGGGGGUCCCCAUGGUGCCCCCCCAGCCCCCCAAGCCUGUGCUGGGGUC